GUCUCGUCACUUCCGCUCCUUAUGUAAACAGUAAAGAUGGCGGCCUCCUGUGCGCGCCGCGCCGUCCUCAGUCAGACCCUCAACAGGUCCAGGACUUCAGGAGGAGACGUGAGACGGGUCUCAGCUGGAAGACAGGAGAGCUCUGUGACAUCACAGUCUGUGGACAGGAAGCGCUCGGCCUGCUGGGUAAAAAUCAGCAGACAUGAGUCCGUCAGUAGAAACUUUCAGAACACACAGAGCGGAGGAGGAGGAGGAGGAGGAGGAGGAGGAGGAGGAGGAAGAGUGCUGUGGGCGGCAGUCGCUUUCUCCCUGUUCAGCACUUCUGAUGAAGACCAACGAGAUGAAGCUCAGAGGAAAGAGGACGAGAUCAUCCUGCUGCUGAAGAAAGCCAAGCUCAGCGUGUAUCGGGGGCAGAUGCAGGCCGCCUCGGGGUUCCUCCAUCAGGCCGUCUUUCUGGCUCAUCAGACCCACAACAACCAGGCCAUCGUCUACACCUACAGUCUGAUGGCGAAUCUGGCCUACAUUCAGGGUCAGCUGGACAGCGCAGAAAAACUCUUCAAAGCUGCAAUGAGCUUUAUGCUGUCAGGAGGAACACCACAGGAUGACAACGCUGUCAUCGAGAUGUCUCUGAAACUCGCCACCAUCUACGCUGAACAGAACAAGGCGGAGCUUGCAGAGCACGGUUUCAGGUUCUGUACGGAGUCUCUGGAGGCCAAACUGGAGAAACAGAAGGAGGUUCCUGCAGAGGAGCAGACAGAGGAGCAGGAAGCUCUGAGGAAGGAGACCCGCCUCCUCCUCGGUCUGUGUUUGGACUCGCGGGCUCGAUACCGAGCGUCAACACUGCACCUGAACCAGGCCGGACAGGACUACCAGAACGCCCUGAACAUCUGCCGCCAGGAGCAGGGAGACACACACCCACAGACUCUGGUGCUGAUGAGCGACCUGGCCACCAUCUUGGAUCUGCAGGGGCGCCAUGACGACGCCCUGGCGCUGGUCCAGCAGGCCGUGGAUCUGAGCCGCUCCGCCGGACACCCGGACCAACACGUGCUGCUAGGAAACAUGGCCGGCAUCCUGCUGCACAAAGGCUGGCUAGAGGACUCGGUCCGGUUCUACCAGGAGGCUCUGAGUCUGGCUCGGCAGGCCGGAGACCAGGAGACUGUGGACAAGAUCCGUGAGGGACUGGAGGAGGUGAAGAAGAGGAGGAAGGAGGAGAAGAAGAAGGAGGAGAAGAAGGAGGAGUGACGGACUGAUCCAGGACCCUGCUGACCCCUGAGACCUCCUCCUGUAUGCUCCUCCAGAGGACUCUGUCAGACCUGAUGUUCUUUAUUGUUGUGUGUCAAUAAUGUGUGUGAUAAAUCAUUAAAUACUUUCAAUCAAUCAA